GCUCCUUCAACAACAACAGUUAGUCAGACACCUCCGUAGCUUUCUAGCAAACACAGCUACAACAUUCACGCACUUUGCAAUGUUUUUGUGUAUAUUAGUUGCUGUGUAUUAAACACACUUCUGUCGUAUGUACUUGUUGGCCCAUUUAAUUAUAUAUUUACGUUGUUUGUCAGCUAGCUGGUUUGUUAAGUUAGCUUAGAACUAGGCUAGUCGCUAAUGCUAGCUAGCGAACAUCCCCGACCAUGAGUUCACUAAGCUACUCUCCUCCUGAUAAAGAAGAGGCGGUCUGCUGGGCGGAGAAAGAAGCUUUCGUCAAAGAGGAGGAGGAAGAGAAGGAUGUUACAAUACAAAUACAAGUAGAGGGCGAGGCUGUUACUGUGAAAGAAGAAGAGAAAGACGUUACAGUGAAAGAAGAGGAAGACUCGUUCAGAGUGAAAGAGGAGGAAGAUGUUACAGUAAAAGAAGAGGAAGAGAAAGAGGAGGAUGCCGUUUUUGGAGUGAAAGAGGAGGAGGGGGAGAUGACUGUUACAUUGAAAGAGGAGAAGGAAGAAGAGGAGGUUGGAGAUCUGUUUAACACCAGAGAGAGACAGGACUAUCGUGGGUCCUCUGGGGAGCCUCAACAACCUCAUGAUGCUGACGAGGCAGAGAAAAGUCUCUCCACAUCAGAACACCUCAAGAAACACCCGGAGAGAUCCACAGGGAAGAAAUCUAGUUGCUGCUCUGACUGUGGGAAAUGUUGCAAAUCUUCAUCAGGACUUAAAAUACACCAGCGAGUACACACAGGAGAGAAAUCUAACCACUGUUUUUACUGUGGGAAGAGUUACUCAUGUUCAGAUUCAUUAAAAGUACACCAGAGAAUUCACACAGGAGAGAAACCUUAUAGCUGUGAUCAAUGUGGGAAGAGUUUUACUCAGUCAGGCUGUCUGAUAGUGCACCAGAGAACACACACAGGAGAGAAAUCUAACCACUGUUUUGACUGUGGGAAAAGUUUCUCAAGAUCAGAUUCACUAAAAGUACACCAAAGAAUUCACACAGGAGAGAAACCUUUCUGCUGCUCUUACUGUGGCAAACAUUACUCAAGAUUAAAUUCACUACAAGGACACCUGAGAAUUCAUACGGGAGAGAAAUCUUAUAGCUGUGAUCAAUGUGAGAAGAGUUUUACUCAGUCAGGCAACCUGCUAGUGCACCAGAGAACACACACAGGAGAUAAACCUUAUGGCUGUGAUCAAUGUGGGAAGAGUUUUACUCAGUCAGGCAGCCUGAAAUCACACCAGAGAAUACACACUGGAGAGAAACCUUAUGGCUGUGAUCAAUGUGGGAAGCGUUUUACUCAGUCAGGCAGCCUGAUAGUGCACCAGAGAGCACACACCGGAGAGAAACCUUAUGGCUGUGAUCAAUGUGGGAAGAGGUUUGUUGCAUCUAACUAUCUGACGACACAUCAGAGAACACACACAGAGAAAGCUUAUUGCUGUAAUCAAUGUGGGAAGACUUUUACUCAGCCAAACAUUCUGAUAGUACAUCUGAGAACACACACAGGAGAGAAACCUCAUAGCUGUGAUCAAUGUGGGAAGAAAUACUCUGAUAAAAGAUCUCUGAUCAAACAUCAGAAAAUACAUACAUGAAGGAGUUGUUUCAUGAUAUCAAUGAAAUAAUGUCACAAUGUAGAAUGUUUUAACAUUGUAGUAGUAGUAUUUUAAUGUCACAAUGUAGAAUGUUUUAACAUUGUUGUAGGAGUAUUUUAAUGAUGUCACAAUGUAGAAUGUUUUAACAUUGUAGUAGGAGUAUUUUAAUGAUGUCAUAAUGUAGAAUGUUUUAACAUUGUAGUAUAAGUAUUUUAAUGAUGUCACAAUGUAGAAGCCUAAACAUUUGCCCCCUGUUCUAUUGAUUUCAACAUGAUAUGGAUAUUAGCCUCAGGGGGAAAAUCCAGGCUCUGAAUUGAAUGAGUACUAUUUAUGUGAUUUAACAAAAAGUGACUAACAAAAAGAGUUGGGUUAUACUUUGGUGACACACUUGAAUCAAAAUGCAGCACUUAAAUGUAGCGAGCUGUUUUCUACAAAUUAUCCUCUAACCAGUGAUGUACACAUUAUUCACAGAUUCUGUGUGGUUUUUGAGCUGUUAAUUUUAACAGGAUGUCCCCCCUCUCUCGCGCAAUAUGAGUGAUGACAAAUAAGUGUUGCGUUUCUCUUAGUGUUGGGGACCCAUAAACUCAAAAUGUAGCUGCCUGUCUUCUCCAGGUUGUCCUCUAAUCAGUGAGGUAAAAUAUAUCUCCCAUUUCCAGGUGUUUUUUUGUUGUUGUGUUAGUUUCAACAGCACGUACAUCCUAUUUCCCCCCUAAUCAAUAUCAGCGAUUUAAUUUCAAUGUACUUGCAGCCUAUACACAUGGACACAGUAUAAUAAAUGUGUCUAUAAUCAUUUUUAUUAACAAUCUGACAUCACUCCAGUAUUUCUUUACAACAUUCAAGUGCUAAUUGUCUUUAUUCCACUACUGAAGAAGCAUGUCUCAAAUCACCUCAUAUUUCAAACAUUCAGCCCGACAAAAGAUACAUGUUUUAUUAUUCCAUGCCUCACCAUUAAGUUAAGCUUUUCGUGACAUUAAAAAAAAUAUGUAAAUAAUGAUGUACAAUAAAAAUAACAUACAUUAAAAAUGAAUCAUAGGUAAAC